AUGAAGUUAACGGCUCUGCUUCUGGCCGCGGCCAGUGCUCGCGCACAUUACACCUUCCCCAAGAGCAUCGUCGGCGCGUGGACAUCAGCCGAGUGGGAGACGAACCGCAUGACGGAGAACCACUUCUCGCACGGGCCCGUGACCGACCGGUACGCUGAACGCGGGAGCCUCGUGUCGUUCCCUAGCGCGUAUGUUGCUACAGACCCCGGCAUCUUGUUCCAGCUGUACUGGCCCACGCCGACGAGUUAUGUCAACCCUGGGCCGGCGCCGGUCAAGUGUUGA